UCUCAGGCUUUGUGUUGUUGACAACCAUCUGGAAGCACGUAACAAACACUAACAGUAUCACCACACACAAAUGAACAGCAUCAGACACGUCCCAGGCGCUGGAUGCAUUAAUGUUGGAUAAGUUAUUGUAUUUAACCAGGAUUUGAACUGCGAGGGAUGCAUACGUUCUCACAAUUUACAUCUGCAGACGUGUUCGGCAAAUAAACACAUCCUGUGAGCGCGGCUCAAGGCCUUUUUCCAGCAGCCCAUAUAUCUGCAUCUUCGGUGGUCUCGCGCUGGCUCAGCAGCGUCCAACUGCAGCCUGCGCUGCUGCACAACGAUAACGUCGACGGGACAGGACCGUCGCACAACGCGUUUUUAUUUAUCUAGAUCAGGAUGUAAUUCGCCAAUACCUUGAUACUUUAUAAACAUGGGGACCAUUGCUUGCGAAUUGGUCUCCCAACUGUGAGCAAGUUAAGCUUUUAACUGCUCCAGUACAUCUUUUUUUCUCAUUUUGCCCAGUGUGGGUGAAGGAGAGGAUGUGUUCUCACAUCCCAACUCUCCUGCUGCCUUUCCUGGUGCUUCUGAUCCCUUCAGCCCGGGCAGGGGACUGUAAGGGGCACAGGCAGAUACUGAAAGGUGUCCCGGGAUAUGUCACAGAUGGCCCAGGAAACUACUCUGUCAAUGGGAACUGCGAGUGGCUUAUAAAGGCUCCCAGCAGAAACCAUCGCAUUGUGCUCAACUUUACAUUUAUGGACACGGAGUGCACCUAUGACUAUCUAUUUGUCUAUGAUGGAGAUUCCUACCAGAGCCCCUUAUUGGCGAGUUUAAGUGGCAAAACCUUACCACAACCAAUAGAGGCCAAGUCUGGGAAGAUGCUGCUCCACCUCUUCAGUGACGCAAACUACAACCUGCUGGGCUUCAAUGCCACCUACACAUUUUCAGUUUGUCCUGGAGACUGCGGUGGUCAUGGGAGGUGUGAUGUGGCUACUGCCCGCUGUCAGUGCCAUCAGGGCUGGGGGGGUAUGGACUGCAACACCCCUCUUUGUUCCCAAGUCUGCACCCAACACGAGCACGGUCACUGUGAUAAAAGGGGAGAGCGUUGUAUCUGCAGCCCAGGCUUUGUGGGGCAGAACUGUCAGUUGGGUCUUCGAGACAAUAGCGGGGCUGGGCAGUGGUGGGAGGUGAGCCAAGGUGAUGUCGAGAUUGCCCCUCGCACAGCCUCUGCUGGGGUGUACCUUCCUUCCACAGGAACCAUGUACAUGUUCGGAGGGUUUGAUCUGAAUGUAGCACUGGGGGACCUUGUUACAUACAAUUUUUCGACUAAUUAUUGGGAACAGAUGUCACAUUCCUAUUGCCCAGCUGCUCGUCAUUCCCAUACAGCAAUUGUAUGGCAAGGCAACAUGGUCAUCUAUGGCGGUGAGCUUGCGGACCACUCAUUGGCUAGUGAUGUCUGGCUCUACCGUGCACAGCAAGAUGAAUGGCAGCAGUUAGGCCAAUCAAACGCUCCAGGGGCUCCCAGGCUGGCAAAUCAUGCUGCAGCGAUAGUAGAUAAUUAUAUGUAUAUUUUUGGGGGGCGGACAGAAGAGGACAUGUUCUCAUCAUCUCUGUACCGGUUUCGGAUGUGGGAUGACGUCUGGGAGACGGUUCAGCCUACUGGUGGAAAACCACCAGCUACUGCAGGACACAGCAUGGUCUACCAUGCCCCUUCCAAAACUCUGCUGGUGUAUGGGGGACACAGACCUACUACUGCUAGGUUCAGCGUGCGUGUCAACACAACUGAUGCAUUCCAUGUGGAGAAGCGAUUCUGGACUUCCUUCCGCUCCCGUUUUCCUGCCAGCGGCCCGAGGGAGAGAGCAUUCCACUCCGCCACCGUCAUCGGCAACUACAUGGUGGUUUACGGAGGGAAUGUGCAUAUUCAUUACACAGAAGAGAAGUGCUACGAUGAGGAGAUCUUUUUCUAUCAUUUGGGUUGCCACCAGUGGGUGUCUGUUGGAGAAAACCUAAGUCAUCGAGGUGCAUCAGUAAGAGGCCGAUAUUCCCAUGUUACUGCUGUCAUGGAUGGCCGUGUGCUGCUUGUUGCUGGGGGUUACAGUGGAGUUGCACGUAGUGACAUUGUCGCAUAUAAAGUUCCACUGUUUGUAAGCAGCGAUCCAGGAGACAGGGACACGGUUUGCGCUGAAGCUCCAGAUGAAAGCUUGUGCCUCAAGAACCCAGAGUGCAGUUGGUGUGAGGGCCGUUGCCGGGAAUACCAGCCCACUAAUCCGUGUGGCAGCACCGGAUGUCUAGGUCUGGCUCGUUUCCUGUCGGACUGCCAGUCGUGUCUGGUAUUCAGCGGGGUGCCAAACUCUCUGCCGCGCGUUUCUGGAGAAUUUGGCUGGUGUGUGCAGAAUGAGUCCUGCUUGCCCGUUUCAGAGCGCAGUGCAUGCCGCGUGGACCAGAUCUCUGGGGCGUACGGCUGGUGGGGGGAGCGCACGCGUUUCCUCACCUCCCUCCCCUCCUGUCGCACCGAGAACUAUGUCCCGGGACUGCACCUGCUCACCUUCCAGCAUCCACGCAAUCAGUCACAACCCGACAAGGUGUCCAUCUUGCGCAGUACCUCCAUCAUCCUUAAUCCCUCUACAGAGAUGGAUGUGACCCUACAGUUUCGGGGUUUUAUUCAUCCCUUAUGGGGUGCUCCUCCUCAUGCAUCAUCACCGCAGGAAACUGUUGCCAUGUGGGCCAGAAUUCAGAAGCUCCACUUUACUGCCCAAAUGGCUGCUGGACCCAACUCUCUUCAACUGACUGAUGUGCUUGGACGGUGGUCAGCUCAGGAGGAGAAGGACAUUCGUAUGCUUUCUCGGCCAGAUGGUUCUCGUCUGUUCCAGAAUCUUACAAGAGGAAACUGGUACCUAAUUCAAGCAGAGGGAUACCUGAAUAACUCUGCGUCAGGACAAACUAGUGAGAUGGCACUUACCUGGAACCGAACAGCUCUACCUGGGGGUAGCGAGAUCUCCUUCCUGUUCCUCGAACCAUUCCGCUCCAAUUCGUGUUCAGAAUACCGCUCUUGCUCGGCCUGUCUGUCCGAUCAGUCCUGCGGAUGGUGUCCCACCAUGAACUUGUGUUUUCUGCGCUCUGAGGUCAACCAGCAGCCUUGCAUAGACCCACAGGGAGAUGAACGCCACCUACUUCUCAACCCUCAGCAUUGCACACUGUGUGAGGAGUACAGAGACUGUGCCGCCUGCACUCAGGAUUCCUACUGUGAGUGGCAGAUCAACUCCAGCAAGAAGGGAGAUUAUCUGUGCAGUCGCCGUGGGAGACUGGAGGGCUCCAUCCGGGAACCGGGAGGGUGUCCUAAAGUUUGCAACCAGAGGAUGACAUGUGGAGAAUGUUUGUCUAACUCUAGUCAGUGUGCAUGGUGUGAAUCCGCUAGGACCUGUUUCUACUUUGCUGCGUAUCUCACAAAGUUUCCUUAUGGCGAGUGCAGGGACUGGUAUGACAGUGUUCACUCUGUUCCUCAGUGUAAGCAGUGUUCUUCUCUAACCACCUGUUCAGAAUGUCUGCAGACGUUUCAGUGCGGCUGGUGCGGAGACUACAACAACCCCACCAUCGGCAGGUGUUUAAGGGGUGACUGGGGUGGGAUAGAUGACCCCUCUGCAAUAAACUGCAGUAUGACUGUAGCUGAAGUUAAAGCCAGCAGCCCUGAGCCUCAAACUCUGUCACCCCCAAGGCUGAUGGAACUUGAGAUGGAGAUGGAGUUGGAACUAGAACUGCUGGAAGGGAUGGAGGGAGAUGGAGAUGCCGUUUGGUCCUACCCAUCGUGUCCUGAUGUGGAGGAGUGUCGUCUGGGCUUACAUACCUGUCACCACUCUGCAACCUGCGUCAACACCCCGACCUCUUACGAGUGUCAUUGUGAGAGAGGCUUCACGGGAGAUGGGGUGCACCAUUGCAACCAGACAUGUUAUAAUGAGUGCCGUCAGGGCCGGUGCAGCGGAAGUCCACGGUUCGAGUGUGAGUGUUCUUUGGGUUGGACCUCAGACCCUGCCACUCUGGUUUUGAGCGGGGUGGAGUGUGACGUUGACUGCGGAUGUAAUUUCCACAGCACGUGUAUUACAGCUCCAGGGAUCUGUGACCAGUGCCAGGACUGGACUACAGGGCCGCACUGUGAGCACUGCAGGCCGGGUAGUUUUGGUUCUGCCUUGGCAGGCGGUGAAGGAUGCAUUCCUUGUAAUUGUAAUGGCCAUGGUGACCCUCUCCAAGGUUACUGCCAUAACCAAACAGGCCAGUGUUACUGCACCCAUCACACUCAAGGCCCACACUGUGAAACUUGCCUUCCUGGCUACUAUGGAGACCCCCGGAACAACGGCACAUGUUUCAAACAGUGUCAGGGCCGAUCGGUUCUGCUCUCCUCUCCUUCUUCUGCACCCUUGUCUCUCUCCUCCUCUCUGGGCUGGCAUGGAGCUAUCGGUGGUCAUGGUGGGCUCUCUCAUUGCCUAUGGGUCCUCUCCGUGUCUCAGGAUUUGGCGCCAUGCAUGCCAGGGCAGUCUUGCCCACCUGUGGCCCUUACCUGGCACCCGGAUUCACACACACAGUGCACAAACUCUUACGUAUAUGUGUUUGAUGGCCUGCCAAGGUUCCUCAGCAACGGUGUUGUGCACUCCGACCACAACCUUAUCGGAGCAUUCUGCGGCACAACAAGAAUGCAGCCACUUACGGUUGAGGCUACAUCAGGGGUUAUAUCGGUGUACUUUGAAGCAAAUGUUACCUCGGGACGUGCUCAGGGUUUUAAUGCCUCAUUCUGGGUGAAGCGAUGUGGAAACGGAAGCUCUGGAGAGGGUGUAGUCACCUCAUCCGAGUGCCAGGCUGGAGCUCAUUGUGUUAACGGGCUGUGUCACUGCCCUCAUGGUUUUGGGGGUCCUCAAUGUGACCGACCUUUCUGUCCAGGAAAUUGUGGAGCAGAGGAAGGACGAGGCAUCUGCAACAUGACUCUUGGCCUGUGCGUGUGUACAGAAGGCUCGGCGGGAUCUGACUGUUCUUCAAUCUCAGACUCGGAUAGCCUGAUCUGGGAAACAUUGCUCGAUACUCAGCUCUCUGCUAAUAAAGCACACCGGUUUCUUGAGAGGAUGGGUCACACCCUGGUAUCUGGAGCACAGGGCACUCUUUGGAUGUACGGAGGCCUUUCACUCUCGCAGGGCAUCCUGGGAAACGUACACAGAUAUUCUGUGGCUGAGCGACGCUGGACUCAGAUGUUGACCAAUUCAUUGGAGGAAGGUUCAAUGCCUCUGCCCCGGUACCAUCAUGCCUCUGCUCUGGUUUUCAGUCAUGACCCGUUUUCUGGCUCCAAAGCAGCCUCUCAAAGUUUGAUGUUCGUAGUGGGUGGGGUCACAAAGAAAGGUGUCGCAAAUGACACAUGGUGUCUGAACCUCAGCAGUCUGAUGUGGAAGCAGUAUAAGAGCUCAGUGCUUCCCCCUGUGGCUGGUCACACUUUAACAGUGAGAAGAGGCUCAACUUUUCUGCUGAUCGGCGGUUACUCUCCAGAGAAUGGAUUUAACCAUCAUUUGCUGGAGUUCAGCCCUCAGUCUGGCAACUGGACUGUAGCCCCACACACUGGCACGCCCCCUACUGGUCUCUAUGGCCACUCAGCAGUGUAUCAUGAGCAAACUGAUGCUGUGUAUGUGUUUGGUGGUUACCGUUUCCACGUUGAAGCUGUAGAACCAUCUGGAGAACUCUACAGUCUUUAUUAUCCUAACCUUACUUGGUCCUUACUGGUGCCCUCUCAGGGAAACAAGCCUCUCUCUCGGUUCUUCCAUGCGGCAGCCUUAAUAAAGGACACCAUGGUGAUUGUUGGAGGCAGGACGGGAGAGGAAGAUUACAGCAACACAGUUUCACUGUACCAGAUCAACUGUAAUACAUGGAUACAACCAGUAUCCUCAGUUGGUGAACCUGUCAACCGCUCUGUUUCCUUGGCAAUGACUGGGUGGGGUGGUCGCCUGUUCAUGUCGGGUGGUUUUAACGGAGUGACGCUGGGACGGCUGUUGACUCUUUCCCUUCCCUCCGACCCGUGCAUCCUGCUGCCUACACCUGAGGCCUGUAAUAGUAGCACGGGCAGCUGCGUGUGGUGCAGGGGCACCUGUGCUUCAUCAGACACUGCCGAAAGGUUGGGUUGUACUAAUGGUCAGACCACCUGCUCUCCUACUCCUCGUUCCCCAGACCAGUGUCGCAGACUCAAGACGUGCAGCGAGUGUCUGGCCCGCCACCCAAAAACAUUUUCUAGCCCUGUGCAGCCUGCUCUGCAAUGUAAGUGGUGCACAAACUGUCCUGAGGGAGCUUGUAUCAGCAGCUCAGUGAGCUGCACAUCAGAGCAUGAUUGCAGGAUAAACCAGAGAGAGAUCUUUCUGUCCAGUAACUGUACUGAGACCAGCUGCGAGGCUUCUGACUGCCCUAAAUGCACAGCCUCAGGGAAGUGCAUGUGGACCCGCCAGUUCAAACGUACAGGUGAGACCAGACGCAUCCUGAGCGUGAACCCGACGUACGACUGGACGUGUUUUAGCUACGCUUUGCUUAACGUUUCUCCCAUGCAAGUGGAGUCCUCUCCACCAAUGCCUUGUCCUGAACCGUGUCAUGAAAUCAGAAGUUGCAAUCAGUGUCUGAGCUCUCGUGGGUCUGAUGGUGGUUGGCAGCGCUGUGUAUGGAGCAUGGCACUGCAGCAGUGCAUGAGUCCAUCCUUUGUUCCAUUGUGCUGUGAGGCGGGUCAGUGUGGCCGUUUGCUCUCAGAUGAAGAUUCGUGUUCUCCCCAGUGCUCCCAGCUCACUCAAUGCGCCCAGUGCAUUUCCAGACCUCAGUGCGGCUGGUGCGCUAACCGUGGCAAGAAUGGAGAAGGGGGCUGUCUCCAGGGAGGACUGAAUGGUGUGAGUGAUGCUCUGUGCCCACAGUUGAACCAUAGUUGGUCGUUCCUGCACUGCCCAGAGGAGGAUGAGUGUAACAAUAACCACCACCACUGUAAUAAAACACAGGACUGUCACGAUCUGCCAGACGGCUACCACUGCACCUGCAGACAGGGCUAUGUACUCAGCAGUGUAUCGGGUCAGUGUGAGCCCGUGUGUGCACAGGGAUGUGUUAACGGCACCUGCAUGUCUCCAGGAAAAUGUCAGUGUAACUUUGGGUUUGUUGGGGAGAACUGCUCCUCUCAGUGCCGCUGUAACAAACACAGCAACUGUAAAAGCAUCUCUCAGCUGGACACCUGCGUGGAGUGCAAGAAUAACACAAAAGGUCAGCACUGUGAAAAGUGUAAGCCCUUGUUUGUAGGCUCAGCAGUGGGAGGCGGGAUGUGUCGUCCCUGUCGUGAGUUCUGCAGAGGAAACAGCGACAUCUGUCUGUCCAAAGAGGAGCAUCGGAUGGCAAUGGAAAAUACAAAAGACUACCCACUUGACCGUUACAGUAUUGAACAGUGGGCUACAGAAGGCCCCACUGAGGACAAUGCGGUCUGUGUAACCUGUCAGAACAACAGUGUGGGAGAUAAGUGUGAGAGCUGCCUGAGUGGAUACUUCUUGCUGCAAGGGAAGUGUGAAAAAUGUCAGUGUAAUGGCCAUGCAGACACCUGUAAUGAACAUGAUGGCACAGGCUGUCCCUGCCAGAACAACACAGAAACUUCGUCCUGUCUGACCAACCCACAGAGUGACCGCAAGGACUGUUACAGGCAACAGUGUGCAAAAUGUAAAGAUUCAUUCAACGGCAAUCCAGUGAAUGGUCGCCAAUGUUUCCGGCAGUUCAACGUGGACAGUGAAUGCUGCUUUGACCCCACAUCACAGGUCAACUGCUUCCACGAGCCCAACAUCCGCAAUCUGCUCAGGGGUCGCACUGUGUUCUUUUCAGCCCAGCCCAAGUUUACCAACGUGGAUAUUCGUGUCACCAUUGACGUCACUUUUGGGGAAGUGGAGGUUUAUGUGUCUAACUCUCAUGACACUUUUAUUGUGGAAGUAGACCGUCACACGGGUGUCCAUACCAUCAAGAUCGAGGACGAGGCCAACUCUGCAACCUCUGCACGGGGAGAAAAGGAUUUACCUCUUGCCCCACCGUCACCCAUGAAGAUGUUCCCAAACUCUUCUGCGCCCUUAGUUGGCACGCCGCAGUCGGGAAAGUCACAAGGUACUGAACGUGAGGUGCGGGAAGAACGAACCGAAGGUCUCAUAACAUACAUCACGGUAUGCAAGCCACAGACGGUGUUGAUUGUACGUGCCGUACGGGACCGCGUAGUCAUUACAUUCCCACAUGAAGUGCACUCGCUCAAGUCAAGCCGUUUCUACAUUGCGCUGCGUGGCGUGGGCACAGACACUCAUAACGGCGAGUCUCAAGGCCUCCUCUUCCUACGACAGGACCAGGCCCACAUCGACCUCUUCGUCUUCUUCUCAGUCUUCUUUUCCUGUUUCUUCCUGUUUCUGUCCGUCUGCGUGCUGCUCUGGAAGGUCAAGCAGUUCCUAGACUUCCGCCGUGAGCAGCGGCGCCACAUUCAAGAGAUGACCAAGAUGGCCUCUCGUCCGUUUGCCAAACUCACCAUCUACUUAGAACCCGAAGAGCCGCAGCUGGUUUACUUGCCUUCGGCCGGAGGGGGUAGUGCAGUGUCCUUAGCCCACGUCAGGACGGGCAAACUCGGGGGUAUGGUGAUGGGCCAAAGAGGACGACCUGGCGCUCUGCCCUUUAAGCACGACCCUGGCACAGGCACCGCCACUCAUCACCUUCUUGCUCUAAGCGGAGGCAACAAUGGGCAGCACCUUCCGCUACAUUACUUGAAUGCUCACCAUUACGCUCCCAGUUCCACCACCAACCCGACCUCGCAUCACCACCACCAUCAUCCGUCCUCACACGGCAGCUACCAGCAUUUCUGCCGAUCCGAUCCCUUCCUUUCGCAACUCAUGGGCUUUUCAUACUCGUCCUUCAAAGUGGGCCCAAUCACGCUGGAGCCCACUGAUGAUGGAAUGGCUGGGGUGGCCACCGUGCUCAUACAGCUGCCAGGUGGAAUUCUCGCGCCCAACCGAGCCUGCUUGGGUUCGGCGCUCGUCACUCUACGACAGAACUUGCAGGAGUAUUGCGGACAUGGUGGAGCGGGCGCGCAUCCCGGCACUGGGGGUGGGCGGAAAGGCUUGCUGGGUCACCAGCAUUUAACCACCAUGGCCAUGUGAAGGAUGGCAGAGAUAGGAUGGAAAUAUUAACGUGGCACAAAACAACUGCAAGCAAGAAAGCUUGAAUAAUGAGGAGAUGUUUGGUUUGAGGAAAAUAUUUCCUAAAUGGAAAGUGCAGAAAUAUUAUGUUAUUUUUAUUAGUGGGGGCCACAAGAGAAGUAUUUAUUACAGGGGAAGGAUGAGGUGACUAAAGGGAAAUGUGAUUACAUUUGUACAUAAAUUGUAAUUGUUAGGUGUUGUUUACUUGUUUUUGUUUAUCACUAUUCAGAUAAAGGUUCAUAUUGACUCAAGGCAGCAACCUUUAUGCAAUGCACUACUCACAUCUCCAGCUUUAUUGCUGAAUCCUUCUUGCGUCCUACAUACACUACUGAACUCAACAGGUGAAGACGAUGACUGUGGCAUGACAUAUCAACCAGUGAAAAUGUUGUCUUUGCAGCUGAACCAAAAUGUGCUUUUUAUCUUCAUGAGACAAUCCGAGCUGCCAUCUUAACCAAUAGACAAUGCAACAUGUCCGCUUGAAUGUGCAAAACAUGAUUGAAGGGCAAGUAGUUGUAAAAAGCGUCAUUAUAUUGCUUUCAUUAGCUGGUGUUUUGUCAUGGCCUUGAUGAUUGAUUGGUGAUGCUUCUUGUAAUAUAGCAAAAUGGAAUUUAGUCAAUAGGUCAAUUUCAUGGUGAGCCAUUGGCUUAUUUUUAUACAUAUUCAGACUAAGAUUCAUGUUAGACUUUGUCAUUUGGCGGUUUAUUGUUACAGUCCUUUAUGUUGGCAUUAAUGCCUUUGUUCACUUUGCCUUGACCAGAUAUUUGUAUAAUUGUGUGACUAACUGGAGAUUCUGUUUUAUUUAGAAAAAUAAGGAUUCAAUCGUAUUGAGUUUAGGUCAUUUAGUUCAUAUAUAAUAAGCUGAUUACCGAACCCAUAUUGAACUUUCAAGCUUUUUUACAUUAUGCGUUCAAUGAAGGAUAUUACAAUUUUUUUCGUUCCAACCCUGCACUACGUUAGUUCUACCAAUUGUUGAAUACUUUGUUAUUUCUACUUUGUAGGACAAUGGGCUAAACCUACAGUGUAUCUUAAACUGUGUGCCAGUUGUUUGGCUGUCUCUUAUGGAACAAUAUUUAACUCCUGAUGAUCAAUGAAAUGGAUUGGUUGAUUUAGGUUGCUGCAGCAUUCUCAUUUUAAUUUUAUGAUGGGUCAUGGUUAGCCAAAUAUUUGAGAUCUAUUGAACUAAAUGUGCAAUGAAAGUUUUAUGCUCCAACAGUAUGUAUUAUGCUCCUGGUGAGAUGAUAUAAAGUAAGGAAAAUAAGAGAAACACUGAAAACACUAUAAAAAGCCUUUUAAAUGUAUUGUGUUUUUGGAGUUUGUUACAGUAUUAGCAUUUCUAUGGAGUUUCCGUUAAUUUGUCUUUUUUGGUUUCUUUCGAGGAUGGUCUGUUGUAAAGUUAUUUGACUGGUAUUUGUUUAGUUCUUUAUUUGAGAAUUAAAGCCCUGGUUUAUCAUAAGAUAUUAUCGAAAGUGUUUAUUUGACAUUUCAGUUAUUUAAUGUAAAUAGUAUUUGUGAAGAUUACCAGGAAAAGCCAUAUAUUUGUUCUAGGGUAAAAUCCAGAGAUUUGGGUAAACCUGAAAAUUGGUGAAUGUUUCGCGUAAAACCAGAACAAAUGUUUGUGAGGAAAAUUAAGCAUUAGACCAAAAUGGAUUUGGGUGUUAAUGUAUGGUAAAGAAAUAAUUGCUUUCGUUCUAUUCAGACAGUUGCAAAUGCUUUUACAGUUUUAAGUACUGAGAUUUAUGAUGAUUCAGUGGAUAACAGCAACUCGUCUUUAAUAAAAUAUCAUCCAUAAACUGCUUACCAGGUGACCUUGUGUUGUAUUGGUUUAUAUUUUUACUUGAUAACUUUUUCUGGGACUGUGCUGUAAAUAUGGUUAUUUGCUUGAUUUACAGUUAUGAUUUGCAAUUGACAGACAUAUUAAAAUAUGAAAUAUUAUCAAA